CCUCUUCUGUACCCUUCUCUCCAACUUUUGGAGCUAAAACGUCUGGGAGGGAAGAAAAAGCACAGAAGGAGGAUUUUAACAGAGAAAAGUCACAGACAAUCACUGAAGGGACAGACUCAACGACACCGAAGCUGAAGGGGUUGUUUGUACACAGGAUACUAGACUCUUCUGAAAUCUCUGCGCAGUCAUGGUCUUCCUCCUCAUAUCCCUAAUUGUGCUACAUCUGGCCACCUUGGCCAUGCUCCUCAUCGCCACCCUGGAGAAGUCUUGGUGGGUAUGGACUGAUUCAGAAAUCACAGACCUGUGGUAUAACUGCUUCCAUGAUAAUGCCACAGACACCUGGCUGUGUGCUGCUACCAACGAGAGCGACUGGCUGCAGUCGGUCCAGGCCCUCAUGGUCCUCUCUGUGGUCUUUUCCUCCAUCUCCUUCCUGGUUUUUCUGGGCCAGCUGUUCACCAUGUCCAAAGGAGGACUCUUCUACUUCACAGGCCUCUGCCAGGCCUUUGCAGGUUUCACAGAUUUUGCCGCCUGCCUCAUCUUCACCUUCCACAGGAAAGAGAUCCUGAGUGACUCCAGAGAUCUGAGCAAAGGACGCUUUGGAUACUGCUUCAUCCUGGCAUGGCUGUGUGUCCCUCUCCUCCUGGUCAGUGGAGUCCUAUAUGUCCACUUGCGCAAGAAGCACUGAACUGAAAAGCUCUUCAGUCACUUCCCAGUUAACAGAACGCAAACAUUAGGAAAUAAUGAAAUACCUCUUUAAAUGAUACAAUUCUGUUUUCUGUGGCCUGAAUAUCUACCCUAUUGUGCUACAUAUACUAUGUUUGCUAUUACAUCAUUAUAAUAGUAUCUCAUUGUCAUUCCAGAACAGAUAAAGAAAACUCAUCAUCAUCAUCAUCAUGCUAUAAGAUACAAAUCUCUAAUAAAUAUGUUAGAUGAAGCAUUCUGACAUAGAAAUAUUAGUAAAUGCACAACACAAGAGAACAAUAUGGCACUCAAAUGACUUGCUUUUGUAUCUUGUACAUAUCUGUUUACUUAUUAAAAACAAAAUUCAU